AUGAAUACUCCAGAAGCCUGGAAUGGAAAGAGGAAAUCCAAGCCCAGACUUGUCCCAAUCCAAGACCCAACACUUUUACCAAACGUGCUCAAGUUACACACUCGCAGAGUUAAUCACUAUUGUCUCUGGCAGAAGUGCAUGCCAUUGUGUGUGAACGUGACCAUGUCAAAGUGUUCAGAAGAGACCACGAGACAAACGUGUGCCAACAUGCAGCUCACGGAAAAUAAACAGAAGACUAAAAGAAAAGGCGAGAAGCGGGAUCUAUGCUGCGCUUGGGAGUGUUCCGACACGGAUGGAGGAAUCAACGAUGAUAAUGCAUUUCACCGAUACCAGGAGGCCAAACAGAAGGUUAGGCACAAGUGCAGUUACUUGGAUGAGAGGAACAUCAUUUUGUCUCCUCAUUUAUUUGCUCAGCCCAGGUCAUGCGCAUCUAGAACAAAUGAUGCAUCAGAUGAAGCAAACUCAAGAUGGAAAGCAUCCCAAAUCAGUAGCGUCCUCACUAAAUCUGCCAACCCAGAUGUGAUCAUUACCACUGAAAGACCAAGUGCACCAGACCCUAGCUGUGUACCCAUAAAUCCCAGAGUAUCUAGUGAUUCAAUGACCCAGAUACAAAGUACUGUCUGUGAGAACUCACUGCAAGUACAUAUUGUAGAGGUGAGUGGGAUUCUGCCAAUGAUAGAGUGGAUUCCGGAAUCAUCUCAUGAGGAAAUGACAGAGGAAACCACAUCUUGGGGGUGUGUGGGAUUUAUCUCUGCGAACCAUGAAACAAGGAGUCCUGAAGCUCUUUGGGAAAAGGCAUCUGGAUGGAAAAUCGAAUGGUGCAAUGAGCGCCUGUCUAAGACGGCCCACUUCGGGUCAUCAUCGCCCGCCAAUGGCCUGCCGGCCUCAGUCAGACCCAGAGUGGUGAUCCGGAGACUGGCACGAGUAAGAGGUUACAGAGGGACAAGUAGCCAUAGGGAACAGAAGCUCAAACCGUUGGUGAAUCACAAAGACCUGCACAAUAGCUACUACAGUCGGUCAACACUACACAAUCGCUAUGGAUGUCUCUGUAGCCCUUUCCAGCCAUGCCUGAGACACAGUCCAGGGGGAGACCAGCGAGACCUUGACAGGAAACAGCAAGGACAGCCGAGAGAGUUUUCAGAUGCAAUUGGGGACAUCCGGUGUCAGUUAGGAUGCCCGAAGAACGCCGAAUCCCCUCCAACUCUGCACCACGUCACUUUCUCUCAUAUUUUACAGGUUCUCCAGAGCAAACCAGCCAGUUUUCCACAGGUCAGGGGCCAGAGAUGCCACAGGGCUCUUUAA